AUGCCGCGGCAGAUGGUUGAUUUUGUGCAAGAGAGCGGACGAGGGGGCCGGGAUGGGCAGAAGAGCGAGUCGGUGGUUUGCAUCAGGCAGUCGUGGUUGGAACAACAGAGGGAGAAGAGGGACAAGCAAGAGGGUUACGGGUGGCAGCAGCGGCAGGAGUGGGAUUGGGAUAAGGAUGUGAUUGAGUUUGUAGACGGGAACCGAUGUCGACGAGAAGUGUUGGAUCGAGAGAUGGACGGCAAUAUCGACCGGUUCGGAUGCGAAGAGGAUGAGGAGAUGUGCGAUGUGUGUUGGGAACAGCAGCGAGCAAGAGAUGUAGACGAUGCAGGGGUUGAAUUGCGGUUUGCAGCAGAAGAGAGGGCAGACGAUAUGGUAGAGCAGGAAGAGGAAGGAGGAGGAGGAGGAGGAGGGAGAGAAGAAGAAGGAGGAGGAGGGAGAGAAGAAGAAGAAGGAGGAGGACAAGAAGAAGAAGAGCAGGAUUAUCAGCGCAGUCGUCAGUUCAUACGGCAGGCAGAGACAGAAAGGAAAGUGCAGGUGAUGGAAGAGGCCCGAGAGGUGGCCGAGUUGGAGGAUAUAUUGGCAGAGUGGGCAGGGCAUUGCGCCGCAUGCAAGGUGUUGGGAGUAGAGGAGGACGAGCACGAGAUGGAGGCAUGCCCGUAUCGAGAGGAGGAGGUGUGGAGGAAGAUAGAGCAAGGCGCAAGGCAAGUGGAGGAAGAGAUGAUGGGAAAGAAGCGGUUUGCGGCGUUUUCGGCAUGUUUCGGUUGCGGGAUACCGCAGGCGUUUUGUGACAGAUGGGUGGCAGCAAGCGACGACGGGCGAUUAUUCCGCCGAGCAGAAGGGAGAGCGUGUCAGUACGGUGGAGGAUUGAUUUUUAGGAUCAUGGUAGGGCAGAGUGCACGGGAGGAGGCAUGGUGGAGGAGGGAGAUUACGACGAUGAUGGGGGAUAUAGAGGAGGGAACAGAGUGGGAUUAUAUCAUGUACGGCAGGUUGUUUGCAUGGUUAGGGGAGUUGGUCGAGUGGGGAGGACAAGCAGGAGGAGGGAUAGAGGCGAGUCGGUUGUGUCAAGCGGUUACAAGGAUAGAGAAGAGGUGGGCGGCGAGGAUGAGAUUAUAG